GGCUCAAGUUUGGUGACCAGCGCUUGGUCGCCUACGUCAUGGAGCCCCUCCUGUCGUUGCUGUGCUUGGCAGUGGCCGCAAAGGGCUCCCACUGCUUGUGGCUGGCCUACAAGUUCUUCUUCCGCCCCGGCAAGGACCUGCGCCAGUACGGGGAGUGGGCCAUCGUCACAGGGGCCACGGACGGCAUCGGCAAGGCCUACGCCUUUGAGCUGGCGCAGCAGAAGCUGAAGGUGCUGCUCAUCGCCAGGAACGAGGAGAAGCUUUCGGAGACAGCCAAAGAGCUCACUGCCGCGCAUGGCGUGGAGGUGGACCAGCUCAAGGUGGACUUUAGCAACUUCGACCAAGCAGCGCGGGACGCGGUGAAGGCCAAGAUCAAAGACCUGGACGUGGGCCUGCUGAUCAACAACGUGGGCCUGUCCUAUACCUUCACCAAGUACUUCCACGAGCUGAAAGACAGCGAGGUGGCAGACAUCAUGGAGGUGAAUAUGACGUCCAUGACCUGGAUGACCCGCCUUGUCCUUGGUGAGGAGGGCGGGCCUGGCAUGUUGGCGCGCAAGCGCGGUGCCAUCGUGAACACCAGCAGCGGAGCGGCCCGAACCACUUCCCCGCUCUUAGCGGAGUACUCGGGGGCCAAAGCCUACGUAGAGAUGUUUUCCAUGGGCCUUGGCGCUGAGCUGGCAUCCAAGGGCAUCCACGUGCAGGUACAGACGCCUCUCUACGUCACCACUAAGAUGGCCAAGAUCCGCACGGCCUCCGUGACAGUGCCUUCGCCGAAGGACUAUGUGUCCUGCGCUGCGCGGCAGAUUGGCUAUGAGGCCUUGAUCUCGCCCUGGUGGGCGCAUUCGCUGCAGCUUUGGGCGCUCAACAGCUUGCCCGAGGUGGUGGCGGUGAAGCUGCUGAACAUGCAGCACCAGGGCAUCAGGAAAAGGGGCCUGAAGAAGGAGAAAGAGAAGGCUGAGGAGAAUAAGAAGGGGCAAUGAACCGGCCGGCCAUGGAGAUGGGCAGAACGUUGGGACUGCAAGGGGUCAUCUCUGUGCCCGGCCAGGCCGAUAGAUUGCUUCACCAGUCCCUGCGCGGCGGGUCAAAAUCGGGGGAGCACUUCCAGG